AUGGAACUUGCGAGAUCAGAUUCAGUUCUCAGCUGCAUCAAGGAGCCAAGACUUGAGCCAUUCAAGUCAGUGUCAGAUCCCCUGAUCCAAUCACUUCUAUUCAUCAGAAAUUUGGCUAUCAAGCUUCGCCUCUCCCAAUCAUGUGUGGCGACUGCACAACUAUACUUUCACACAGUAAUUUUGAUCCUAGAUCGCUGUUAGUAACAGCUAUAUGAAGUUGGACAAUCUUUUGCUUGCUGGAGCCUGCCUUUUCCUAGCAUCAAAAGCUCUUGAACAGCCAAGACAUCUUGAAGUUGUGUGCAGGAAAUUCUAUGAAGAACGCUCAGCGAUUCGAAUUUCUCUCAAUCCAAGGCUUCAAGUGCCUCCUCUUUCAGAGUCUAUGCUGGUCGGGCUCAAACAGAGUUUGCUCCAAUACGAGUUCUCAGUUCUUGAAGCAAUUUGUUUUAACGUAGAAAUUCCUCUUCCAUAUCCACAUAUUUCCAGUUUUGUGGCAAGCCUUGAUCUAAGUCCUUAUAACAAGCAAGAUCUGCUUAAAAUCGCAAACAAUUUUGCAAAUGACAGCUUUCGGACAUCAGUACUUUUAAGAAAAGAUGCAGAAAAUGUCGCUGCAGCUUGUUUGUAUUUGGCAUCAAAUUACCUUGGGCUUGGGUUGCAAAUUGUUGCAGAUCAAGAGACAGUGCAAACAAUUUUGGAAUUAUAUAAGACCCAAUAG